AUGAAGGAUAGUAGUAGGCAGGGCCACACCAAGAGGGGUACAACGGUGAUGAUGGCCAGGAGGAGCCCUAGGAGGACGAGGCUGCCCCCUAGGGCUUGGAGGCGUCGGGGGGUAAGGGAUGGAUGGCCAAGUAGUGGUGAUGGCCCUCGUGCAGAUACUCCUUACACGUGCGAUGCCUCUACCCCUGCAAUCGUUGGUACCUAUCGAGGCGCCUUCGACGGGAGCAGCAGCACCCAAGAGAUCUCCCUGCAGUUCGCCCAGCCCAAGAAGAUCGGCGUUAUGGCUGGUUCCUACGCUGGCACCUCCUUUAGCUACAGUAACAUCUACUACGAGUUCGUCUCGGGUCAGUCGUGGUUUGGCCUUCGACCCUUCGCCGACUCCGAGGCCCUCUUGACACUAUUUAAGCUACAGAGCAUGGACCAGCUUUGGUUCGACCGCUACGGCGCCGCUCAGUAA